CUUACUGUGAUUUGUGGGGAUUGCUAUGGAUACGCCUGUCGUAUCAUUGAUGUACUGCGUUAACGUCCGGUCCUAGCUAUAAGAGAUUUGCAAUCGAAAAAGACUGAAGGAAAUAUGCAGAUACGAAAAGGCUGCCGCAAGGGUCUGCAAUGUUUUAUUGUGCUACUCGCUGUAUGUUGUUCAUUAGUUGUAUUUGAAAUACACAAUGGUGAAAAACAUUUCAAUUUUAAACCUUGGAAAGCGAAUUAUACCAUACUGAAGAACCCCACCUACUGCAGCAACAUUAAAACAGCCAUUAAUUUUGGUCACUGGCGACCAAAACCAGGGUUGACUGCUGAAGACCAAGAAGCCAGGGCAUCUCACGAUGUAUUUCUUCGCAGACACCGAGGUCUUCCUGAUCACUUAUUCCGCAGUGAUUUGCGAUGUGGCACCUUGUAUCCUAUACAUGCACCAUCAUUUGGCCCAAAGCUACCGUCAAUGUGUGAACGCAACAGUUGGAAUUAUUGCUGUAACGCUACAAACUGGUGUAGCAAUGGCACAAGCAACUGCGCAUGUACAGGGUGUACAGAUUUUAGAAAGAUUGUUUCAGCAGAACUUCAUGAAUGGACUCCAUACGAGAAUUGUCGCGUGAGGAACUACACCAGCGAAAAAGCUUGUAGUUUGGUCAACCGGUUGUCGAGUUUGGUGAUCAUUGGCGAUUCUUUGAUGAGGCACUUUUACGCUGCUUUGUUGAUGAUUUUCACUAAUGACCCUCUUGAGGGUUCGAUGAGAAAAGGCCUCAGUGAAAAAGAAAGAAAGCGCUGCCAGGGAGAAAGACAAUUUGUAGAUCAAGGAAAAUCUAUGUGUAACAAAAAGCUAUCGAGAAGUAACCGCGAUGUUAAUGCUGAGAAGUUUUGCAAGGGAACUACAAACUUUUUUUUUCACUUUAACGAGUCUUAUUCAAUACGUCGUCGAAACGAUGCGAUGAAAAUCGUUAGAGAAACUGUGAAUAAUCGUUCGAAAUCAUUCAUUGUUGUUGGUGUCGGCAUGCACGAUGGAUUAAACGCGCAGAAAGUAAUGAAUAAGUAUGUAGAGCCUAUCUUGGGAAUCGUCGCCAAACGAAAAUGGCCUAGAAUUGUCUGGGUCACAGUACACGCUCAAGGGUACCUUAAACCAAUGGCUUACCGCAACGCCCAAAGCAUUCAAAGAAUUAUGGCUUAUAAUCAACAAAUGACUAAACUCAUGGAAGCGAGGGGUGUUGAUGUUUUGGACUUUUUUAAUAUGACUUUAGGAGUCCAUAGUUACGAUGGAACGCAUUAUGGAUACGGAGUCAAUAUAGCAAAAGCACAGUUUUUACUUAAUUUUAUUGAUUCUACUAUUGAUUCCAAAACAAUUCGGAAAAUAUAAUAAUACGUGCAAAAUCUGCAUUAAGCGGCCUGCCGAACUACAGGGCCCAGUUGUACGAAGGGAGGAUAGCGCUAUCCGACGGUUUAAUCUUAUUGUAAAAUAUCUGUUCUAAAUCUCUCUGAUUGGUUGGGAGAGCGUGCUUUAUGAGAGCACACAGCACACGCGCACACUUCCAUUUUCGUCGUUCCUGUAGUUUGUAUUUUUUGAAAGAAAUAAAAACUUGCUUGCUGUGCUGUGUGGAGUUAUAAAGCACUUGAGGAUUGACAGAACACUCGAGAAGUGUGUCGAGAAGCACUCUCUCGUGUUUUGUCAACCCCCGUGUGCUUUGUAAAUGCACACAGCACGCGCGCGCGUUUUUUAUUUCUUCAUCCAGUGAAUAUUUAAUGGAUAAUUACUGAGGCACGCAGCAUUCGU